GUAAACAUGACAGUCUCGGGCGAGGGAUGUGUGGAGGGAGUCACCCGCUCGCCCAUCUCCGUCACAUUAUUCCUCCUUUAUCCCCUCCGCGGCCGCCAUUCCCAGCCCGAUGCGUGGCGGGGAGAGGCAAGGACCAUAACUGAGACGCCAUGAACUUCGGGAGGCAGUUGAAGCGCGUGAAGCAGCAGGCAGACCACUUAUUCCUCAGGAGUGACCGCACAGAUGUGGUGGGUGAGCUCAAGACCCCCGAGGAGCAGGUGGAGGACUUGCGGAUCCUAUGUGAAGGGUAUGCCCGCAGCCUGGAAAAAUGCCUCCACACCCACUCCCUGUCGGACGAGAAGAAGCAGAGGAAGGUGCCGGAGUUCCAGGCGGCGGAACUGCUGAAGGAGGCGCUCACCCAAAUGACCCCCCAAGAGGACCCAGAACAGGAUCUUUUUAGGACUUUGAUCGGUCGCUUGGUUGAGCUACAUCAGGCGUUGGGGUUGAACCAGCUGGAGUUCGAGGAUUCGUUGGAGAAGCAGGUGCUCGGUCCGCUCACCCACCUGGUUAAGGAUGACUUCCCCUCCAUAUUCAAGCAGAAGAAGCAACUCAAGCAGGUCGGUCUGGACGUGGACGCGGGCAAGACCAGACUGAAGAGUGCCAUGGCCAACCCAGGGCCAAACGCAAAGGUGGACCUGUACCGAGAGGAGCUGGAGGAGGCCGAGGCCAGGCUGGACCAGACGAAGGACUCCUACGCGUGUGACAUCUACAGCCUACUAGCGCGGGAGAGAGAGGUGUCGCAGUAUGUGUGUUCGUACAUCACCCUGCAGCGAGCCCACUACGAGAGAGCCCUGGAAAAGCUGGACCGGGUGCAGCCUGAUGUAGAGGCGCUGUUGCAGGCCUCCGCACUUAGUCCUGUGUAUGGGGUGCCACUUCAUGAUCACCUCAAGAUUGCACGGCAGGAUGUGGCAGUGGUGAUUCGUAUGUGUGUGCGCCGGCUGGUGGAGGCGGGCCUGUACGAGGAGGGUCUGCUGCGUGUGGCCGGCAGUGCCCUCAAAGUGCGGCGCCUCAAGAGUGCCUUUGAUGCUGGUCAGGUGACCCCAGAGAGCCUGGCAGUGGGGGAUGAGUAUGACGUCCAUGUGGUCGCUGGUGCCCUCAAGUGUUACCUCAGGGAGCUUCCUGAGCCAUUGCUGACACACAUGCUGCAUGCUGACUGGCUGGAGGCUGUGCGGCAGCCUGACCACCACCAGCGCCUGAAAGCCCUGUGGCUGGUGUCCAGCCGCCUGCCCAAGACACACCAGAAAAACCUGUCCUUCCUGGUCCAGUUCCUGGCUCUGGUUGCAGCCAACGUAGCGCACAACAAGAUGACACCCGGCAACCUUGCCACAGUGGUCGCCCCCAACCUGCUGUGGGACCAGCGGGAUGAUGGGGCAGAGUCCCUGGAGGCCCUCUCCCUGGGGCGCAGCGUCUCCUUGGCAGGGGACUACCGGGGCAUAGUGGAGCACUUCGUGGAAUACUGCGACUACUUCUUUAAGGAGAAGUUGGAUCUGGGGGCCAUACCUCCCCCGCCCCCAUCACCACAGCGCACCCACCAUGAACCUAAUGGGGCCCUGCCACUGCCAAAUGCCACGGCCCCCACCCCUGCCCAGGCCCGUCCUGCCCCUAAUGCCCAUCGCCGCAAUGUUAGUGCUGACAUAACAGGCCGGAUUAGUGAGGCGCCUCCCCUGGUUGACCCCUCUGAUAGCCCCAAGCAGCCCCAGCGCACCAAGAAGAAGCAGGCCCCUCGGCCCCCUCAGGUGCGCCCUGUCAGCACCUAUGGAGCGCUUGGCCACAAUGGACAGGAGGCUUCCCAAACCACCACCUCUGAGACCUCCGAGUCCCCCGAAACCAUCCGCAGCGGCACCCCACCCCGGGACACACCCACCCCUGCCACCCGUCUACAUCAUACCAACAGCCUGCGGCGCCCCACCGCUGAGCCUCCCAAGCCCCCAGGAGCCCCAGCCAAACCACCACGCCCCAGUCCUCCUCUGGCAGACAUGCUGGAACCGCGAUCUGACCUAGGUCCUGCCCCAGCUCCGCCACGCGCCCCGCUUGGCUUUGAGCAGAUGCAUGUACCCCGGGAGAGUGACUCUGCAGAGGAGGAGGAGGUGGUAAUACGGAGCAGGAAAACAGGGGAGGAGGCGGCACCCAUAGGCUUCAUCACGGAGGAGGACAGGGCAGCUGGGGCAGGGCGCAGUGUGCAGGCAUUCAGACAGUCCUUGGAGAAUGUGUUGCAGCAUCAGGCGGCUGGCCAUCCCCUCACCCUGCCCCGCCAUGGCCAGGAAGGGGAGGCUGCCCCACCCCCCCGCCCUGCUGCACCAGCUGCUGUCAUGCCCCCAACUCCAGCCCAGCGCACCACCAUCCCUGGGACAGCGGCCACUCAAACCUCUGCCCGCCCCCCAGAGCCUAAAACAGAGAAGCCUGCCAUAAAGGAGAAGCCUACCAUUAAAUCCCGCCCAGUGGACCACUCUGCUGCUCCACCCACCGGCACCUUGCCCCGCCCACUUGUCCCAGAGCGUCCUGCCCCAACAGUAGCCCCUAGCACUACCCCAGCCACUCAGCAACGGACUGUUUCUACCUUCAACCCGCCCCCUCAGAGCUAUCACUUACCUCCGCCCAAUGUCCCACAGACACAAGAACAAGAGUCAACAACAACAACAUCAACAACAACAGCAACAGCAACAACAUCAUCAGGGGUAGUGACAGCAACAGUGGUGGCAGAGAACAAAAGAGAGGAGGAAGGAGGAGGAGUGGUGCAGGUGGACACUAUUCACUUGUACACGGUGGAUAAACAACAGCCGACAGUCAUCCACGUUGGGAGUAAUCCGUCGGCAGCCACACACACCCUACCUCCCCAUCCCCCAUCCCUUUACCCUUCCAUCCCUAUUCUCCACCCACCCCCUACCUCCUCAUCAGACACAGUCACAAUCACCUGCCCUGCCCCAGACCCCCCUACCCCCGCCCCAGCCUGCCCCGCCCUCCGCCCCACCAAGCCAGCCAAGCCAGAGAAGCCAUCCGUGUUACCAAGACCUGUUUCUUUAAGCCCCGAAGCCCUCGAUGCCCUUAGAAUACCCAGCCCUGGCGCCGGAACAGGCACCGCACCUCGACCCAGCAGCAGCGGCAGCAGUGGGAGCGGAUCAGCGAAAUUCUGUUGGCCGCCGCCGCAGACUACUGACCCCACUACCACUACUCCUCCAACUCCAACGACUACCACUGAUACUACUACUACUACUGCUACAGAGGAGUCCGACAAUCUCUCAACAGGGGACUCCACCAAUUUGUAGCAUUUUCCAUAUGUUAGUAUAAGCUCAUAGUCUCCCCUUCCAAGUAUAGCCAAGUCCUGGUUUUCUAUGAUACCCACCCAUGCUGUUUAAUUACAUAUUCUCAGUUUAUUUUCAUAUGUAAUUAUUUUUGUUUUGUUUUUUCACUGAUAUCAACACGGUUUUCUCGCUCUUGAUUGACUCCCCAUACUCUGGUCUUCAGAAUAUCCCUGGAACAAAUGCGAGGUCCUGUUUUUUUUUAUUUUUAUUAUUAUAAAUAUCCACAGCUCUUUCUUCCUCUCAUCUCUUUUCUUCCAUUUUUUGUGUAAUUAUAACUUCCUCCUCUUCGUGGUUGUUGUUGUGUAUAUAGAAUCAUGUGACGGCGAGCAUUUGUUUACCAUUAUAACGUUAAGAAAGAUAGAUUUAUAUAUAUAGUUAUGUUUACUGUCCUCUCUCUCUCUCUCUCUCUCUCUCUCUCUCUCUGUGCUCCAAAUUUAACGCACACUAAUUGCAAUGUAUGCAUUUUCCCCUUCCGCAUGUACGCAAGUAAAUAACGCACAUGAUAGGCCUAUGUGUGUGUGUGUGUGUGUGCAGUUCUGUUUGUCUUUAUGUGUCUGUCCAUAUGUACAGUACUCCCUGUAAUUUUGCGUGUUCAGGUUUUGCAGUUUUGUGACAGCCCCCCAAAAUGCCAUUUUUGACGAAAACCUAAUUUUGUGAUGUAACUUGAGUUUUCCGGGUGGUGCCAUAAGGGAGUGGGGUUUUCCGCACUAGUUUUUAGGGUAAGGGGUGGCAGGGCCUAGGUGUCAGGCUAGGCUGUGUUUGUUGGUGGCAGUCAUGAAGUCUCGGCCAUUUAUUUUCAAACUAGGUGCAUAACCAUAUCAUAUUACUUGUUAGUUGUUCCAAUUCUGCAAAUUCAUAUUUUGCGACCCACAAUGUCGACUGAAUUCUCACAAACUUGGAGGGAGUCCUGUAUAAAUAUGUGUGUGUGUGUGUGUGUGUGUGUGUGUGUGUGUGUGUGAGAGAGAGAGAGAGAUUGACAUCUUCCUCUUCCCUUCCUUCUCUCCCCCUUUUGUUUUCCCUCCCUUUUCCCUACAUCAUUUAUCUCCCUCUUUUUCUGAUGCAUAAUUUUUUUUUUCUACAUAACCCCCCACCUCCACCCCCUCUGAGAAUCAUUAUUAUUAUUAUUAUUAUUACUGUUCAUUUCUUUCUUCUCCACAAUUGGUGCUGAGUGAUUGAUUCUUUCCUUCGCUAAUCGAGAGUUUAAAAAUCUGCUGCUUUUUAAAUAACCAAAGCUAGGCACGGCAUACGCAAACCACAACACAAGAUUAUAUUUUUCCGGAUACCAUUAGAGGAUUUCAUGAAGUUCAGGAUGAUAUUUUUUUGUUGCUCAGGAGUUAACAGUCUUGUCUGGUUAAUCAUCCACUGCAAUUAUAUCUUUAGUUAUUCUAUUCUGGCAAACAACAAUAGAUGAUUUUAUGAUGUUUGUUAGAAUAGAAUAGAUGGAUAUAAUGUAAUGAAUAAAUAACAUGAUUUUUAACUGCUGGCUACAAAAAAUAUCAUUCUGAAAUUUAUAAAAUCCUCUAAUGGUGUCCAGAAUAAAAAUGAACUAGUGCCAUGGUUUGUUUUGAUGCCUGGUGCUGGAAAUAAAUAACAUUGGUAUGCCAGUUUCGUAAAGUUGUUUCCGUAUGAUGAGUGUCAGUUCGUUUUCUCUUAUUCUUGUUGCUUCCUUUACUUGCCUGCAACUUCUCUUAUCUAUGUAGGAGAAUUUAAGGAGAUUUAUAAGAGAGGAAAUGUUGGCAGUAUAGGAAUGAGAGAUUUAUUGAUGAGUUAUGGAAAGGUUAUGCAUCUAUGAAUAAAAGGAAGAUUUUUAUACAGAAGAAUUAAUGGAGAAAGAAGGUUGGCGUAUAGGAAUGAGAAAGUUAUAGAUGAAUUUAAUGAGGUUUAUGCAUCUAGAGGAUAACUUUUUUUUGUCAAUGUAGGAGUAAUAAAGGAGAGAAACAGUUGGCAGUAAAGGAGGAAUGGAAAAUUUAUGGAUGAAUUAAGGUUUAUGCCCCCAAGCAAUAAACAAAAGAAUAAUGAUUAUAAAUGAUUCUAAAUAAAUAUAUAUAUAAAGAUACUAACUGACUCUGACUUGUAAUAUUUGUAAAUGAUAUGAGAAAAAAUUAUGCAUUCAUAGAAUGAACAAAGGAUUUUUUUCUAUAGAACAGAAUUCUAAAUGAAACCAAAUUUUAAUAGUUUAAGAAUGAUAACUCAAGAUGUAACCAUAUUAUGUUUCAUCUUGAGGCUGAGAGACUUGGCGCAAAAUAUGUGCCCAUGAAAAUGCAGUGACCGUCUCAAAUCAGUUUAAUGUGCUCAGCACCUUUGAAAACUCUGUAUAGUUGUGGGAAACCUCAAAUGCGAAGUUCUCUAUGGGCAGUGUCACAGCCGAAUUUGUUCCCAAAUCCAGCCAAAUUACAAUGCAGCUCAAGUUCAGAGAAUUACAAAAAUUAUAAUGUAGCUCAAGUUCAGAAAAGAAUCUGGUGCAACUUGGGGUGUUUUGCCGAAUGCAGCAGAAUUCAUGGAGGCUGCCGAAAAAAUAUUGAGUGCAAUAUCUUUUUGGCUAGCUCAUGAAUUAUUUUUUGCGUUCAGCGUGUUUGUGUGUACGAGGUUGAUAGAAAAUGUACAAGAUACAUAUGGCACAUGGCCAGGAUGUUGAAGGCCAGGCAAGUCAGGUUGAGGAAUGGUAGCUAUUACUUGUUCCCAAAUCCAGCCGGCAUCUAUGCAGAUGCAUCAAUUUCAGGUAAUUUAUGAUUAAAAAAGUAAUCACUGUUUGAAACUGGGUGAGUAUAACCAUAGCCUCAACCUCUUCUGUGGUUAGGAGGUUGUGAAGCUCCAUGUUGUAAAUGUUCCUCUGGUAGGGGCAAGAAGGGGACUGGUGUUGUGAAGGAAGGUCCGCCCUUUUAUAUAUUGGGCCGAGGGCAGCAGGUUGACAGGUGAGUAUUUUUGACGCUUGCGUGUGUGGCUCACCUGGUGCAUGUCACCUACACACAGCGCGGGUAUUUGGGUUGUCUUGUAUGUGGAUUAAUCAUCUUUGAUGCAUUUAAAAAUGUGUGUUGCAUUCAUUAUAUGCGUGUGGCACACUUCCAUUGUAUGUACAUAUUCGUAAGUCAUGCAUCUGACGUUCGUGUUUAAUGCUUACAUUUGGCUGUCUCACUGAUUCAACCAGAUGAUGCCCGAAUUUGACAUUCAGCUGAUUCAGGAACAAGUUUGGCUAAGUGUGACAUGACUGUAAGAUGCAAAGAAGUGUAUUAGAGAACACUUGUAGCCAAGGAGUGGUUUCCUUGGGAAAUGCUGGAGAAUACUGAGGCCGCCAGGCUUGCUGGAAAGUAGGACUAAUAUUCGGGGGGGACAAGAACUCCCUUGAGGAGAGAUAAAAUGUCAGGAGUCUUGAUGAUGUCAAGGGCCAUUUCAAAGCAUAUGAUCUCUAACCUGCUACAGAUGGACAGAAGGCUCGUUGGGCUGAGUACUUGAGCAGAUGUUCAUGGCAGACCCUCUGAGCAGGCAGCUCCCAGUAGCUGGGUUACAAAUAGUGGAUGUUGAUCCACCCAUUGACAAAUGCCCGCCCCCUCUUGACGAGGUCAAGGAGGCAAGGUUGAGAGAUGGAAAGGCAGCUAGUAUUUGUAACAUCACUGGAGCUGCUCAAAGCUGGAGAUGGCCAACCCUGCACACCAGGUUGUUUCUAUAAGAGGUAACCCCAAGUGGAUAAAGCCAAGGGAAUAUUCCGCCCACAAUGCUUGUGGAUUGAGCAAGUCAACAGAUCCUGCCAUAAGGUACUUAGAAUGGGAAGUGGACCUGCAUGGAGACUUCAUCAGAGGGACCCCUAGAGUUGGCAUUGUAGGUGGGUGAGGUGACGUGCUCUCUCAGUGUAUGCCCCUAUUGCUUGCUUGACUGAUGACUAAAAGUAAAGGUAUAGUUGGGGACAUGCUAUAACUGCAUAUGGCUGUUGUGCUCAUCUCCUUCACACUGGCCCUUUGAGCCCAUGGUGGGAGUAACAGUAACCCAUUACCCCGGGACACAGGACAGUGUGACGUCUGGGUUGCCACAGUUUACCUUCCCCAGGUUUCCCCAGGUACUCAUUUAUCAACCAGCCCAAGAGGGAGUAUAAACAGCUGGGUGAUCUGCACACCAACUCCCUGGGCUGGGAUUCAAACCUGGGCCUGAGGAUUCAGAUAGGCAUGCUAACCACUGCACCACGGACUGAUUGAAAAUACUUAUACAUGAAUUAAUAAAAAGCUUAUGUAUUUAAACAAAAACAAAUCAAGAAAACUAAGAUAAAUUAUUUGAAAGUCAAUUACUAAAUAAGUAAAAAUAGCAACUGUAAUUGGUAUUAUUCAUAGAUGGUCUAUUCAUCUUUAAAAUAAACAAAGAAUGAUUACAAGUGAUUGGAUGUGAAGAAUUUUAAGUGACUGUGAUUGAAGGAAAUGUUAAAAGUGGAAUGAUGGUGUGUGACUAUGUACAGCGACUGACUGAAGGAAAUGUUAAUAGUGGAAUGAAGGUGUUUGUUGCUGCUGUACAAUAAGCAAGAGGAGAAUAACCCCUGUAUAUAUUUGUGUGCAAGGUGACUCCCUAAAGGUUGUCACGUGUUGGACUGAACAAUAAACUGAAGCCCCACAA